AUCAUCAAAAUCUUCCAUCAGGAAAUAAGAAUCCAACUUCCCAAUAACCUCCAAAAUUUUCACUCACUCUUUUUUUGCUGAGAUUCUUUCAAUCCCUAUUGGUUUGUCAUUUUCACCUACUUUAAUUUAUUCCCUUUCACUUGCCUUUAUUUACCCUUAGCUUGUUCUCACCUGCUGUUUGUACCACAAUCAUUUCAACUUCUUCUUCUUCUCUCUGUCUCUCUUGCAAAAAUAACCAUGACUAAACACAAGUUGGAUAAGAAAAACUUGUGUGCCUCACUGCUACUACUUGUACACUUGUUUCAGUACUCAUCUUCACAGAAGUCCUGUCCAGAAUGUGGGUCUAUGAGAGUUCCAUAUCCCUUGAGCACAAAUCCCACUUGUGGUAACACUCAGUAUUCUAUUCGUUGCGACCCUCACUCUCAGGAGCUCUAUUUUGAUGCCCUUAAUGGCAGCUCGUAUCUUAUCCUCAAAAUUAUGGCUCCAUUUCAGCGCAUGGUGGUGCAGCCAUCACCCUGGGUGUCGUCUGCUUCAUGUGUAACUCAAGACAUGCCAAAGAGUGAGGGGCUGUGGCUGAACCAAUCACUUCCUUUUAGUGUCACUACUUCCAACACUGUUUUUCUGUUUAAUUGUUCGCCAAGGCUCAUGGUGUCACCUCUCAAUUGCACUCCUUCUAGUCUUUGUCACAGAUACCUUGAGAAAGUGGAUGCAGCUCGUUCUCAGCAGUGUGCAAGCGGUCUGCGCCCCUGCUGCACCUUUGUUGCUGGUGGUAUGCCAUCUGCAUAUAAGAUAAGGCUUCACAGCUCGGGCUGCAGAGCGUUUAGAAGCAUCCUGCAUUUGAACCCAACUGGGAAAUGGGAGGAAGGAUUGGAAAUUCAAUGGAUUCCUCCAUCUGAACCAAGCUGCACAUCCCAGGCUGACUGCUCUGGGGCUUCUACAUGUUUGCCUGCUGGUAAAAAUGGCGUGUUUCGCUGUUUCUGCAACACAGGGAAUUUCUGGAAUCAUAGCUCAGGAGUUUGCAUGGUGAAGGAAAACUCUCCUCAUCAUGCCCACUCUAACUCUAACCUUGCCUUGAAGGUUUUGAUUGGAGUGGGCAGUUUUUUUGUUGUAACAGUACUGGUGAUGGCUGCAGCAAUUUCAGUGAAAAGAUUCUCUAACAACAAGCAGGUGAAGCUCGCCAAGGCAAGAAAGCAGAUGCUGAUGAAAUCAAGCAGUAAUGGUGCCUGCAGAAUGUUUAGUCUGAAACAAGUGAAGAAAGCUACAAAUGGAUUCUCAAAAGAUAGAAUGCUGGGAAGUGGUGGUUUUGGAGAAGUUUACAAAGCCAAACUUGAAGAUGGAAGCAUUGUGGCAAUCAAAUCUGCAAAAGUUGGUAACUUGAGGAGCAUGCAACAAGUACUUAAUGAAGUAGGGAUACUUUCUCAAGUCAAUCACAGGAAUCUGGUCAGGCUUUUGGGUUGCUGUGUUGAAGCUGAGCAGCCAUUGCUGAUCUAUGAGUAUAUUUGCAAUGGGACACUCCAUGACCAUAUACAUGGUAAAUUCCCAAACUUUAUGGACUGGAAAACAAGGCUAAAAGUUGCUUUUCAGACUGCACAAGCACUCGCCUAUCUGCAUUCAGCUGUUUAUACUCCAAUCUAUCACAGAGAUGUCAAGUCCACAAACAUUCUUCUGGACAGGGAAUUCAAUGCAAAAGUUUCGGAUUUUGGGCUUUCAAGAUUGGCUCGCCCAGGGCUGAGUCAUGUGUCUACCUGUGCUCAGGGAACAAUGGGGUACUUAGAUCCUGAGUACUACAGAAACUAUCAGCUUACUGAUAAGAGUGAUGUUUACAGCUUCGGGGUUGUAUUGCUUGAGCUUCUGACUUCCCAGAGAGCAAUAGACUUCAGCCGAGGUGAAGACGAAGUGAACCUGGCUGUGUAUGUCCUUGAGCGAGCCAAGAGCGGGUCAAUCAUGGAAGUGGUGGACAAACGUUUGUACGAGGAGGAGGAGGCUCCAUCAACAGUGAAGGCUUUUGCAGAGCUUGCAGUAGCUUGCUUGAGGGAAAAGAAGGGAGACAGACCAGGCAUGAAGGAUGUUACUCAACAACUUCAGUGCAUAGCAGAAGCAGUAGUGGAUCAGGAAGAGGCUAGCUGUGUAGAGUGAUCCAACUCCAGCAUUGUUAUUGUUUGUGGUCUUUGUCAUGGCAGUAGAAAUUAAAACAAUAUCUGAUCAAUAACUAGUAGUAGUAGUAGUUCUGAUAACAUGAUUUCUCAUCCAUCAUGUUGUUUCUGAGUGGCAAAGAAAAAUUCUUCAGUGUGGCAGGCAAUAAGCUAAGUGUGAUCUUUGAAUAUUCAUAUAAAAUAAAGAAACACCAUUUGGGGUUUCUGGUUGUAGUGCUGGAAA